AUGGCAACCUUUCAAGCCAUAACCAUAUUUCCUUUGAUGGAAUCUUCAAAUCAAAAACGUAUUACUAAAGGAAUAGUUAUUUCAGCAACCAAUGAUGCAGCAAAUGGCAUGGUGAGUCCACUUACUUCUCUUCCCAAGCUCCCAACCAGAAGUUUGGCCGAGGCCUUGGACGUCAAAGCUGGUUCUUACAAAAUUCCAAGCUCCAGUACUGUGCAAAAGGGAAGUGAUUCCAAUCCUGCCAUUUACAAUACUAUUUCUGCAUCACAUAGUAGUAGUGUAAAACUUUCUAAUCCAGUGGUGAUGUCUGAGAUAUAUGCAAUCAUGGAGGCAGUUGCUGAUAGAGUGGAGAUGCACAAGAACAUUGGAGCACAGCGCGACAAUUGGAACCAGCUUCUUCUGAGUUCCAUCAAUGUGAUCACUCUCACCGCUGCAACCAUUGCAGGAAUUGCAGCUAGCUGUACUGCAAGUUCUGGAGUAGUAGCCUUUACGGCACUCAAGGUCUCUUCCACUCUUCUCUAUGUAGCAGCCACUGGAAUGUUGGUGGUGAUGAACAUGAUCCAGCCGUCCCAACUAGCUGAAGAACAAAGAAUUGCAGCCAGAUUGUUCAAACAGCUUCAUAACCAGAUUCAAACAACAGUGUCUCUUCAAUACCCGAUUACAAUGGAUGUAAAUGAAGCUAUAGAGAAAGUGUUGGCAUUGGACAGGGCAUAUCCACUUCCUUUAUUAGGUGAAAUGCUUGACAAAUUUCCCAAAACUGUGAAGCCUGCAAUAUGGUGGCCGCAACAGAAGCAGCUUAGCCGACGAGGAGUACCUACUCAAGGAGUUGAAGGAACCUCCAACGGCUGGAGUGCAAAACUUGAAGAGGAAAUGAGCGAGAUUGUUGGGGUGCUGAAGAGCAAGGAUGUGCCAGAAUACUUAAGGUUGACUGAGAUAGCCUUGAAAAUUAACAGAACUCUAGCCAUUUCUGGCCCUCUUUUAACAGGGCUUGCAGCUUUGGGAUCAGCUUGUUUAGGUUCUAGUCCUUUUGGGGUUUGGAGUGGGAUGGUAGGAGUGAUUGGGGGAGCUUUGGCCAGUGUGGUGAACACAAUGGACCAUGGGGGUCAAGUUGAAAUGGUGGUUGAAAUGUACAGAAGCAAUGCUGGUUUCUUUAGGCUCAUGCAAGAAACCAUAGAAGCAAAUUUAAGAGAAAAAGAAGUUGGGAGAAGGGAGAAUGGUCAAGUGCUUGAAAUGAAGGUGGCUUUGCAACUAGGAAGGAGCCUAUCAGAACUGAAGCAUCUUUCUGUUUUCUCUUAUGGAAGCAAACUGUUCUAG